UACUGUAUGAAUUUUGUUGAUUACAUUUAAGAACCUAAGUUAUACCAACCGGUAAAAAUCAUAAAAAGAAAAAACAGACAUCAAAAUUGCAACCCAUUGGUAGCUGAGAGGUUUCGUAGAUGUGUUGAUGUCAGUCACAUAUAACAGAUUUCAAGGAGGGGUUCGAUUCCCAGUGAAGGCAUAUAAAAAUUACAAAAAUUAACGCUCUUUUUUACAAUCUGUAUUAACCAGAUGGAAAGUGAUUGGUCUGGUCGUUGGAAUCAUGUCAGAAAAUUUGUAGAACGUGGAGGUCCAUUUGCUCACCCUGAUUUUGAACCUAGUACUGAGGCUAUAGGAUUUUUACAAGAUGUCUGUAAGAUAUUGGUCAUUGGUGCUGGUGGUUUGGGAUGUGAAUUACUCAAAGACCUGGCCCUGAUGGGAUUUAGAAACCUUGAUGUGAUUGAUAUGGACACUAUAGAUGUUUCAAAUUUAAACAGACAAUUUUUGUUCAGACAUAAGGAUGUAGGUAAACCUAAAGCAGAGGUAGCAGCUGAAUUCAUUAAUAAGAGAGUACCUGGAUGUAAAGUCACUCCUCAUUAUUGUCAAAUUCAGGAUUAUGAUGAAUCAUUCUACAGAAAAUUUCACAUAGUAGUAUGUGGUUUAGAUAGUAUUGUUGCCAGAAGGUGGAUAAAUGGAAUGCUAAUAAGUUUAUUAAAGUAUGAAGAUGGUGAAUUAGACCAGAGUACAUUGAUACCUAUGGUAGAUGGUGGAACAGAGGGAUUUAAAGGAAAUGCAAGAGUUAUCCUUACUGGUAUCACUGCAUGUAUAGAAUGUACAUUGGAUUUAUAUCCUCCUCAGUUCUGGGCACUGCAUUUCUUGACAAAAGGGGUGAACACCCAAGGAAACAGUAAAGCUAAUAAGAUAAAUUUUCCUCUUUGCACAAUAGCACAUACACCAAGACUUCCAGAACACUGUAUAGAAUAUGUCCGAAUCUUAUUGUGGCCAAAAGAGGAACCUUUCGGAGCUGAUGUAACAAUCGAUGGUGAUGAACCUGAUCAUAUUAACUGGAUAAUGGAUAAGUCUAUAGAGAGAGCUAAUGAAUUUAAAAUUUCUGGUAUAACUUACAGACUGACACAAGGUGUAGUAAAAAGAAUUAUUCCAGCCGUAGCCUCAACAAAUGCAGUUAUUGCAGCUGCCUGUUCAACAGAAGUAUUUAAACUUGCAACAAGUUGCUGUUUACCCCUAAAUAAUUACAUGAACUUUAGUGAUAUUGAUGGUAUAUAUACGUAUGCCUUUGAGGCCAUGAAAAAGGAAGAUUGUAUAGCCUGUACAAAUAUACCAAAAGCAUUGAAAUUUUCUGAUGGUGAUAAAUUACAAGAUAUUUUAACAUACCUAAUAGACAGUGCUGAAUAUCAAAUGAAAUCUCCUGGAAUAACGACUUCACUGAAUGGCAAAAAUAAGACCUUGUACAUGCAGACAGUAAAAUCAAUAGAAGAAAAAACCAGAGAAAAUCUAAAAAAGACAUUAAAUGAGCUUGGUCUGAGAGAUGGACAAGAAGUGUAUAUAGCAGAUCCCACCACACCAAAUACAAUUACAUUUAAACUGACUUUAGGGUGUAACAUGGAGUAGCUUCUGUUAUUAACUCUGGUUUAUUUCUAUCACAAUAUACUGUUAUGUUAGUAUUAUCUUAUAAUUGUUAAAUCUGUAUUAUUUUGAUUGGAAAUACAGAAUUUUAAGCUUUUUGUGAAUACAUCAUGGCACCAUAGACUAAAAUAUUCUCUUUUGGGUGGCUGUAUAACAGUAUUUCUUUAUAUUUAUCAACAGUGAAAAUUAGAUGCCAUAAUUUUCUAGAUUCCAUGGUAUUGACUUUUGUGGAUUUUAUUUAUCUAAUGAUUUACCAUCAAAUUUGCAUUCAUUGAAAUAAAAAGUCUUCUUUGAAUUAUGAUUAAAAUGUUCAAAUUGAUAGACCAGCAAUUCAGUCAAUUCAAAUUUUCUUGAAAUCAUAUGACUUUUGAAGAAUAAAAAAAUUGUUUUAAUAAUUAUCAGAAAUAGUAUUGAUACACAGAUUAACAAGGUAUUAUCAAUUUACAAUUCUUUGUUGGAUAAAUAAUUUUAUUAUACUUCAUGUCAAAAUACCAGACUUUGAUUGGUUAAUACGAGGGAGACAAUUUACUCUAUCCCAUGGCAAAUACUCUAUUACUCUUCACGGAGAGGCUGGAUCAAAUGUGCGCUUUAUUGAAUACGGAUGGUUGUUAUGUACAAGACGUCAUAGUGUAUUUCUUUUAAUUUGAAACUUAAUAGACAGUUAUAACAGAACAUUCAGUAUAAUAAAUUAAAUAACACAUAUCAGAGGGUGAUAGAGCAGAUUGUAACUACUCGAAAAGACAUUGUCAACCUUGGCUUCGCCUCAGUUGACAAUAUUUUCUCGGGGUAACAAUCUGUUCUAUCUCAGCUAUGUGUUAUUUAUAUAGUGUGUACAUAUUAGACACUUUUGUACUAAAAAUUUCCUGUUUUUGAUGUAUUCAAAGUUUGUUAAUCCAAAUAGUUUGAUGGUUAUGUAUCCAUUAAUUUGGUUGGUCUGCUUUUUGGUAGCCUCAAGAUUAGAAGCCAUAUGUUCUAAAAUUAGAUUCUUCUGCUAAAAUAAAAAGUUCUGUUUAAUGCUGUUAAAGUCUCACAUUAUUUAUUAUGCAAAGUCAGUCAUUGAUAAAGAUCUGAACAGCUUUUAAUUUCUUCUUAGUUUAUUGUAUCAACAAAUCACACUGGUUAAUUAAGAUUUUGUCUCAUUAGGCUGUCUCUCUUCAAUUUAUUUUUUUUAUUUGUACGGUAAAAAUCAUAUAUAGAAAUAUUCAAUGUGAUUCUAUGAUUUUUUGUUAGUAAGGCAUUUAGCGUUAACUCUUGUAAUAUUGACAUGCCUUUGCUUGUACAAUUUGUAUAAUAAUUAUCAUUUGUGCUUUAUGUUGUAUAAUGGUAAACAAGAUAUUUUGAUGGAAUUCAAUUGUUGAUAUUAAGAUACUUGUGCAUUUUGUACUGGAAUAUUUAUGACUCUACUACUGGGUUCCAAACCAAUAUAUGUGAGAAUAAAAAGGAAAGCAACAUCACCUUGGAUAGAAAAGAAAUACAUAUGAAUACUAAGCUACUGUGUUAAAUAAUUGGUCAUAUUUUGUGACUUUAUGAUAGUGACAUAGUAAAAUUAUUUUAGUUACUGUUAAGAUUAAUGGUUUUGAAUAAAACAUACCAUGGAAGAACAAAUUAAUUCCAAAUACUUAAAAA